AUGGCAAAGAAGGCCCGGACCAAGGGCGAGAAGCCCGAAGCCAUGAUCUCCGCCCUGCAGGCGGCCAACGAAGACCUACGGUCCAAACUGACCGACAUUCAAAUUGAACUGCAUCAGGAAAAAUGCAAGGUGACGAAGCUGGAGCGUGAGAAGGUGCAGGAGGCCAAGCGCAUCCGCGAGCAGGAGCAGCACCGGCACACGGCGGCGCUGACGGAGCAGCGGGCCAAGUGGCACGAGGAGAAGAUGAAGGAGCUGCAGGCGCUGCGCGAGAGCCUGGUGCGGCAGCACGAGCAGGAGCUCAUACGCCACGCCAAGAUCAAGGACGGAGAGGUGCAGCGUCUCAAGGCCGCCAUGAGCGCCCUCCGCGACGGCAGCGGAGAGAAGGUGCGCACGGCGCUGACGCUGGAGGCCAAGGAGGAGGCGCGUCGCUUCUUCGACCAGGAGCGGGUGAAGCUGCUGCAGGAGAUCGCCGAGCUCAAGUCCACCAAGAAGCAGACGGACGAGGCCCUGAGCACCAUGAUCCAGGCCGACAAGAUGAAGGCCGGAGACCUGCGCACCGAGCACCAGAUGCACCAGGAGCAGAUCACCAAGAUCAAGUGGGACUGCGAGAGGGACAUACGCAGGCUGGUGGACGAGAUCAAAGCGAAGGACCGCACCGUCUUUGCUCUGGAGAAGGAGCUGGAGACGGCGGCGGGCUUCGUGCAGAAGCUGCAGCUGCAGAAGGACGCGCUGGACGAGCAGCUGUUCCUGGUCAAGGAGGCCGAGUGCGGCCUGGGCAGCCCCAAGAGGGAGAUCCCCGGCCGCGCAGGAGACGGAGCGGAGUACUGCGGCAGCCCCGACAUGCGGAGGAACCAGAGGCGAGUGGCUGAGCUGAACUCCACCAUCCGCAAGCUGGAGGAUCGCAACACGCUGCUGGGGGAGGAGAGGAACGAGCUGUUGAAACGCGUAAGGGAGUCAGAGAAGCAGUGCAAGCCCAUGCUGGAGAAGAACAAGCUGUUGAAUAAGAGGAAUGAUGAGCUGACCCAGUCACUGCAGAGGAUGGAGGAGAAGCUCAAGACUCUCAGCAAGGAGAACUCCGAGAUGAAAGAGAAGAUCAGCUCCCACCCGCCACUGAAGAAGUUGAAGUCUUUAAACGAUCUCGACCAGGCUCAUGAUGACCAGGAAAUUGAGUUCCUCAAACUUCAGGUUUUGGAACAACAGACUAUGAUCGAUGAACUCACAAGAGACAGAGAAAAACUUCUGAGGAAAAAGAGACAUAAACGAAGUUCCAGGCCCAUUAAGAGGCACAUAGUGGUGGACACCUUCUAUGGCUACGACGAGGAGUCCAUGGACUCAGACGUGUCAUCGGUGGCUUCCUUGAGGAUGGACAGGACCCCUGCCACCCCGGAUGAGGACCUGGACGAGGGGUUAGCGCGAGAGGAGACGGAGCUGCGUUUCCGGCAGCUGACGCGUGAGUACCAGGCUCUGCAGCGCGCCUACGCUCUCCUGCAGGAGCAGAAGGGGGGCAUGCUGGACGCAGAGAUGGAGGCCAAGGCCCAGGAGCAGCUUCAAGCAGACGUGCAGCGGUACCAGGCCAAGAUAGAGGACCUGGAGAAGGAGCUGAUGCAGAAAGGACAGGACUCAAAGUGGGUGGAAGAGAAGCAGCUGUUUCUGCGGCGUAACCAGGAACUCCUAGAGAAGGUGGAAAAACAAGACAGUGACAACAGCAGGCUUCAUCAGGAAUUGCAGGAUUCCAGAGACCAGAACGAUCUCCUAGAGUUCCGCAUUCUGGAACUGGAGGAGCGAGAGAGGAGGUCUCCUCCGUUUAACCUGCGGAUCCACCCCUUCGCAGAGGGAGUCAGUGCCCUGCAGAUCUACUGUAUGAAGGAGGGGGUGAAGGAUGUUUGUAUACCUGAUCUUAUAAAGCUUCUAGAUAUUCUGGGAGAUAAUGGGAACCUACGAAACGAUGAGCAAGUAGCCGUCAUCCAAGCAAGCACUGUACUCUCUCUUGCGGAAAAGUGGAUCCAGCAGAUAGAGGGCACUGAGGCGGCACUACACCAGAAGAUGAUGGACCUGGAGCUGGAGAUGGAGCUGUUUUGUAAGCAGAAGGGAUACCUGGAGGAGGAGUUGGACUACAGAAAGCAGGCUCUAGACCAGGCCUAUAUGCAAAUCCAGGAGCUGGAGGCCACGCUGUACAACGCGCUGCAGCAGGACAAGGUCAUCAAGUACGGCGAGCCGCUGACCGACACGCAGAAGGACGAGCUGCGCACCGCCGUGGAGAAGCUGCGGCGAAAUAUGCUGCGCAAGAGUCGCGAGUACGACUGCCAAGUGCUGGCCGAGCGCAUGGAGCUGCUGCACCAGGCACACCAGAGGAUACGUGACCUGGAGCACAAGACGGACAUCCAGAGGAGACAGAUCAAGGACCUGGAGGAGAAGUUUUUAUUUCUGUUUUUAUUCUUUUCUCUUGCCUUUAUCCUUUGGCCUUGA